GUCGAGCCCAUAUCGUGGCAUCCGAGGGCGUUCCACCUGCAUAACAUCAUGACCGACGCGGAGUGCGACGAGGUGCUCGAGCUCGCGCGGACGCGCGUGCGACGCAGCACGGUGGUGGACAGCACGACGGGCGAGAGCAAGGUGGAUCCCAUCCGCACGAGCGAGCAGUGCUUCCUGAACCGCGGGCACUUCCCGAUCGUGAGCGUGAUCGAGAAGAGGCUCGAGCGGUACACGAUGCUGCCGUGGUACAACGGCGAGGAUCUCCAGGCGCGUCCGUCGCGCGUGUUAAAGUACAGCAACGGCCAAAAGUACGACGCGCACCACGACGUCGGCGAGCUCGACACCGCGUCCGGGAAGCAGCUCGCCGCGGAGGGCGGCCACAGAGUCGCCACGGUGCUGCUUUACCUCAGCGACGUCGACGACGACGGCGGCGGCGAGACCGCGUUCCCGGACAGCGAGUGGAUCGAUCCGACCGCGGACCGCGGGAGCGGCUGGAGCGAGUGCGCGGAGGACCACGUCGCGGUGAAGCCGAAGAAGGGCGACGGGCUGCUGUUCUGGAGCAUCACGCCGGAGGGUGUCAUCGACCAGCAGUCGAUGCACGCGGGAUGCCCGGUGCUUGGGAAGAGCUGGACGGCGACGAAGUGGAUUCACGCGCGGCCGUUCCGGCACCAGUUUCCGCCGCCGCCCGCGGCGCCGCCGGGGUGCGCGGACACCGUGGCGAUGUGCAAGUCGUGGGCGAACAGCGGCGAGUGCAAGAAGAACCCGGGGUUCAUGCUC